CCUCUCGGGCGGAGGAGGGUGCAGAAGCUGUUUUCUCCGCCUCCACUUGGAGGGCGGCGAGCUCGGCGUGGGCCUGUGAAAUUGCCCGGCGGAGUGGACGGAGCUUCUCUUCUGGUUCGAGAAGGCGGUGGCGGCGGCUCCGGGCUCCUCUUCCCUCCCUGUAGCGGAGACUGAAUAAGAAUUAAAGAAUCCGGAAAACUUGGAGAGAGAAAGUAUAUUCAGUCUUCAAAGCGGAAGAUCGACAAAGUGGGUAAGCUCUGGGAGCUCAAUCGAGUGAAUACAAAACAACAAAAACGAAUUUUCAGGAAAUGUACAAUUUCGAGGACGAGUUAACGUGUUCCAUUUGUUACAGUAUUUUUGAAGACCCUCGGGUACUGCCAUGCUCGCAUACGUUUUGUAGAAGCUGCUUGGAAAACGUUCUUCAGGCAUCUGGUAACUUUUAUAUAUGGAGACCUUUACGAAUUCCUCUCAAGUGCCCUAAUUGCAGAAGUAGUAUUGAAAUUGCUCCAACUGGUAUUGAAUCUUUACCUGUUAAUUUUGCAUUAAGGGCUAUUAUUGAAAAAUACCAGCAGGAAGAUCAUCCACAUAUUGUCACUUGCCCUGAACACUACAGACAACCAUUAAACGUUUACUGCCUACUAGAUAAAAAGUUAGUUUGUGGUCAGUGCCUUACCAUAGGCCAACAUCACGGUCAUCCUAUAGAUGAUCUUCAAAGCGCCUAUCUACAAGAAAAGGACACGCCUCAAAAACUGCUGGAGCAGUUGACAGACACACACUGGACAGAUCUUACUUGUCUCAUUGAAAAGUUGGAAGAACAAAAAUCUCAGUCAGAGAAAAUGGUCCAAAGUGAGAAGGAAGUUGUUCUCCAGUAUUUUAAGGAGCUUAGUGAUACAUUAGAACAGAAAAAAAAAGUUUUCCUAACUGCUCUCUGUGAAGUUGGCAAUCUGAUUAAUCAGGAAUAUACUCCACACAUUGAAAGAAUAAAAGAAAUGAGAGAGCAGCAGCUUGAAUUAAUGACAUUGACAGCAUCUUUACGAGAAGAGUCUCCACUUAAAUUUCUUGAAAAGGUUGAUGAUGUCCGCCAGCGUGUGCAGGUCUUGAAACAAAGACCGCUUCCUGAGGUCCGGUGUACUGAAAUUUGUCCUCGGGUAAACCAAGUAUUGAAAGAAGAUUGGAACAGAACAGAAAUUGGACAAAUAAAAAAACUUCUCAUUCCUGAAAUGAAAAUUUCCUCAAAAAGAAUGCCAUGUUCGUGGCCUGAUGAUGUAAAGGAAGUUGAAUUUUUUAAGAUCCUAAACAUUGUUAUAAUUACACUGAUUUCAAUGAUACUGAUGUUGAUCCUUUUUUUUAAUCAACACACAAUAACCUUUCUAAAUGAAAUUUCACUGUGUUUUUCUGAAGUCUCUCUAUUUGCUUACCAAAGUUUAUCUAACAGUCUGCAUGAUUUACAGAAUAUACUAUGUCACACUUUAUAUUUAUUGAAGGAAUUCAUGUGGAACACAGCUUUUCAUUGAAAAUUCAGAUCUAAAUUAUUUAAAUAGGCUUAUUCUUUACAGGGACUAACAACCAUUGCUGAAUGGAGAAAUAGGGGUUGCGUGGAUAAAUAGAAUAGCAAACUAAACUUUAUUAGAGUUACAACAAAUAUAUAGAAAUAUUUUAAACCUUUCAUGCUUGUUGGAUAGCAAUGUGUCAGAAAUGAGAUAACGUCUCUAGUUUUCAGACUGAAAACUAGAAUAAUAUCUAAUGAUUUCUUGAUUUGAGUGUUAUCCUAUUUGUUUUUAUUGGUUAGAGAGGUUGACUUAAAAUUGCUGCAACAUUUAAACAUUCUUGUACCAAUAUUGUCUUUUAGCAUUAAUAUACUGUGGUGAUUGGCUUUGCAGUUCUUCAUACAGAUUAGCUUUUAGAUUAAAAGAUGGCAAAACCCUGAAAGUGCCUGUGCCUUUAUUUUUGAUGUGGCUUGAAACUUUGGAAUGGGCAAUUAAAGAUAGUGCUGUUUUAGAAUCAAGCAGCAAACUAAAAUGGUAAGGGAUUGCUUAAAGAUGGUCGUUUUUGUUCAAAUCUUUAAAAUUAUAUUUUCUUUUUUUGUGCUGUUACAGUUGUCCUAGUUUUCCCCCUUUGCCACCCCCAGGAGCCCCACUCCCUCAGGUAGGCUCCCGAAUGUUUUUCAUGUCCAUGGGUCAUGCGUUUAAGUUUUUUGGAUGCUUCAUGUCCUGUACUGUACUGUGUAUCCCCAUGGCUGUUCUGUGACUACCAAUUUGUACUUUUUAAUCCCCUCACCUCUUCACCCAUUCCCCCAGACAUGCCUCCCAUCUUGCAGCCAUCAAAAUGCCCUCCAUAUCCAUGAUUCUGUCUGUUCUGUUUUUUUUCCAAGAUUUUAUUUCUUGGCCCAACUUCUUGCAUCCACAGUGUGAGAGCAGGGUGCGAACUGGGGCAGCUGGAGUCAUGGCAGGACAGGCAUUUAGAGGGUUUCUGUCCCUCUUUGACCAUGUAUUGGUUGGAAGGUGUGCUGCAGAAACUGUAACCGAAGGAGUCAUUACGCUCCCAGAAAAAUCUCAAGGAAAAGUAUUGCAAGUGUAGUAGCUGUUGGAUUGGGCUCCAAAGGAAAGGGUGGAGAGAGUCAACCAGUUAGAGUGGAAGUUGGAGAUAAAGUUCUUCCAGAAUAUAGA